UGGUAACUCAGUUUCCAUAUGUUCAUGAAGCAAUUACAAUUUCCAGUUCCACUUUGCAUGUGCUUCUGUCAACCAAUUUUUCUAUUAUUUGUAUUUACAGCCUGAUGAAUGAUUCAAUUGCAGGUCGGAGAGGAGUUAACAUCACUUGGGAAAAUAGCAUCGCCCAUACUAAUAACAAGCCUUCUUUUUUACUCCAAGUCCAUCAUCUCUAUGCUCUUCUUGGGAUAUCUAGGUGAUACUGAGUUAGCUGCCGGCUCACUCUCAAUUUCAUUUGCAAACAUCACUGGUUACUCGGUCCUCAAAGGUGUCGCCACAGGGAUGGAACCAAUAUGCUGUCAAGCUUUUGGAGCCAAGAAGUGGGUAAUUCUCAGUCAAACGUACAGAAAGACUCUCUGUCUCCUCUUACUCGUUUCCAUUCCAAUCUCUCUGUUGUGGUUAAAGAUGGAGCCCAUCCUUCUAUGGUUAGGACAGGAUGAAAGCAUCACGGCAGUGGCAAAGGUCUAUAUCACCUAUUCCAUUCCUGAAUUGCUUGCCCAAGCUCAUCUCCAUCCCUUAAGAACUUUCUUAAGGACUCAAAAUAUAAAUAGACCACUAACCCUAUCUGCCACAUGUGCCAUGAUCCUCCACCUCCCAAUAAACUACUUUCUUGUCAUAUACUUGAAUUUAGGGGUCAAGGGAGUUGCUCUAGCCUCAGCCUUGAAUUCCUUAAAUACAAAUGCAGGUUUGCUAGUUUACCUUGUCCUAUCGGAAACAGUGCUAAAACCAUGGGAUGGGGUUCUAACAAACACACACUCUGAAGGCUGGCAGCCGUUGCUUGCACUUGCAGGGCCUAGUGUGUUAUCUGUGUGCCUGGAAUGGUGGUGGUACGAGAUAAUGUUGAUAAUGUGUGGAUUGCUUAGCAAACCACAGGCAAAUGUGGCCGCAAUGGGCAUCCUCAUACAAACAACAAGCUUGCUAUAUGCAUUUCCUUCUUCGUUGAGCUCAGGCUUGUCAACACUUGUUGGACAUGAGUUGGGCGCUGAUCAGCCUGCACAGGCUCAACAGACAACCUUCGUUGGACUCAUAAUUGCAGUUCUAUGGGGAUUUAUAGCUUUUGCUUUCACCAUUGGGGUGAAAGAUUUAUGGGGAAAACUUUAUACAGGUGACCCAUGUACUCUUUCUUUGACAUCAAGUGCUCUUCCUAUAUUAGGACUUUGUGAGUUAGGGAACUGCCCCCAGACAGCAGCAUGCGGGAUCCUAAUAGGCUCUGCGCGGCCCAAGAUGGGUUGUUAUAUAAAUUUUGGGUCCUUUUACAUUAUUGGUUUGCCAAUUGCAGCUCUCUUGGGCUUCAAGUUCCAGAUGGGUUUUAUUGGGCUGUGGUAUGGGCUUGCUGCAGCACAAGCUUCAUGCAUGUGCUUGAUGGUGUACACUCUGGUUCACACUGACUGGAUGCAUCAAGCUAAGAGGGCCAAGGAACUGACACAGACCACACAAGCUCAGACAAAUGAUUUGGAAGCCAAUUUACUAAAUUGAUAUGCGAAUACAUCGAGUUCGUUAGAUUAAUUUCGUGUUGUAUAAGCUCAGAUAGGCUAGCAAUCUCCUUUGCCAUGAGGUGAAUCCAUUGUCAGCAAGCUAAUCUCCCUGUAAUGCAAGAUGAGGUGGUAUUAUAUAAUAAGAAUGGUGUAAGUAUCCUUAACCAAGAAAGUUAAUGGAUUGCAUAUAUCUACGCCAUUAAGAUC